AUGUCUGGUGGCCAACCGGGUCGUGACCUCCCUGUGGAGGAAGCGCGUGCCGCCCUCAAGCAACACUUCAGCAGCUUCCAAGGACAAAAGUAUGCAGAAGGCUGGGCAGACCUGUGGGCUAAAGGUGAUUUUCUGCCUUGGGACCGCGGGACUUCGUCUCCAGCACUGGCAGACACCCUGAUCAACUACGCGGACCUCAUUGGGCAUGCCAUGGUCGAAGAAGGCGGCCAGACACGACGGAAGCGCGCAUUAGUCGCUGGCUGCGGCCGAGGGGUCGAUGUGAUGUUGCUGCAGAGCUUUGGGUACGAUGCUGUGGGGCUCGAAUACGCCGCAGAUGCCCUCAAGGCAUGCGAAGAGUAUGAGAAAGAACAUUCUGGGGACUAUCCGGUCCGAGACGAGAAGAUCGGAAAGGGCAAUGCUCGCUUCGUUCACGGUGAUUUCUACACGGACGACUGGCUGGAGAGCGCCGGCUUUGGCAAAGAUGCAAAGUUCGACCUGAUUUACGACUACACUUUCUUCUGCGCUAUGCAACUCCCCAUGAGACCUGCAUGGGCGAAGAGGAUGUCUGAGCUCCUCCGACCUGACCCUCAAGCCAAUCUCAUUUGUCUAGAGUUUCCCACAAACAAGCCUGGCACAGCCGGGGGACCGCCGUUUGCAUCUCCGCCCAAAGCAUACCUCGAGCAUCUGAGUCAUCCUGGAGAGGAAGUCAAAUACGAUGCAGAGGCCAACGUCAGGAUGAAUCCACUCGCACCUUCGAGUCCUGGAGCCCUAGAGAGGGUUGGUCACUGGCAGCCCGCUGACACACACAAGGUCGGUAAAGACGCCGAGGGUAAAGUCCAAGAUUGGAUUUCUGUUUGGCGCCACCGUUAA